AUGUCUGCAUUUAGUGUAACGGGUGAAUUCAGUGUCAGAAUCUUGAAGGUCUUGAAUGACAACAGACAAAUGGUGUCACUGUUGGCGUACGAUACAAUGAGAGGAGUUAAAUUCACUAUAACCCUUAAAAAUGAUGAUAUACCGGUGUCAUUCAGUUCAGAGCUUGAGAGUUCUUCCCCAAACAAAUCUUUCUUUGAAAAGGUGGAAGAAAGGUAUAAGGUGAAAUAUGGAUUGAUGGACAUCAAAUUCCACCUUCAUUUCCUCUGCCAAAAUGAAAACAAGGAAACUCGCAUUCAUCAUCGCCAUUUCAUUAUUGAAGAUGAACUUGGGGAAGGCACUUAUGGAACAGUGUUCAAGUUGAAAGACAUCGAGAGCGAUGAAAAUUUUGCAAUCAAAUGCGUCAAAUACAAUAAUCCACAUCGCGUGGAUAAUGAAAUAAGGAUACUGAGGAUGUUGCGAAACAGUCGAAACAUCAUCCACUUUUACGGAGCAGUCUACCUUGGACUGUUAAAUAGAGUUUGCUUGGUGACGGAGCAUGUUGAUUCCAUUGUAAUGAAGGACGUUUUGGAUUCACUAGAUCUUGAUGACAUCAAGUACUACAGCCAUCAACUAUUGAUCGCCAUUGAUGAAUGUCACAAGCGCAAUAUUGUGCACGGUGAUAUUAAACCAGCCAAUGUUUUAAUCGAUAUCACUACGAAGGAGUUGAAGCUUAUUGAUUUUGGUAUGGCUGUUUCACUUGGCGACAAUGAAUCCAAUAAAACCAAUAUUGGAACUCUCAUUUAUAACGCACCCGAACUUCUCCUCAAUUAUACGCUCUUUGAUGGCGCAGUUGAUAUAUGGGCAUUUGGAUGCAUCUUCGCCUGUGCAAUAUUUAGACUCAGACGACUCUUUGAAGGUGAUACAAGGAAGGAAGUUCUACAAAGUAUUACUUCAAUGCUGGGAAGUGAUCAUUUCUUUGGAUAUAUCGGCACCUAUGGAAUUAGAAUGAGUGUAAGGGAAAUGGAUGACUUCACCGGUUUUCCUGUUCAGACAUGGGAUUCUCUAAUAACGGAGGAAAACUCCGACCUGGCUAUUGCUGAAGCUGUGGACCUAAUCGAACAUUUACUCGUGUUUGAUCAUGAAAAGCGCAUAUCUGCAGAAGAGGCAAUGAAACACUCCUUUUUUAACCAAUAA